UGUCGCUGCUCUCAUCUAUUAAAAUUCGAGCUCCUGAAGACGUUUCGAUGUGUCAGAGACGGAUUUGAACUUACUAGCGGUCACACCCACUCAAUCACCAAAAGAGCGCAACGCCGACUGUAUACCCGCUAGCGAUGUCGUAUCACUAUAAAACAUCCGAAGUGGGCGCCUGCAGACACGCAAGCCAACCUGCUUCUAGGCGUUGGUAUACCCUUUGCGCAGCCGACGCCACCUAGUAUCCGGCCUCGAGGCAAAUAAUCGCCUUUGAACACUUAUAAACCGCGGCUUUCGUCAUACUUCCUUUCUCUCCUCUUUCACCCUCACCCUCAUCAUGGACCUCGGAGAAGACAUCGAUGAGAGGCUGCCCGGUGAGGACGAGAAGUUUGACCCAUCCUCGGCCGCAGACACGCUUCGAGCCCUCGACGCUCUGUGGUACAUCGGUGCAACGAAGAAAGCGAGAUGGAUGGACAUCAUCGGUGACUAUGCGGGCGAGGAAUUGUUUGUCAUCGAUGGGGACUCCCUUGUGCAACGGGUUCUUGACGACCCCCUACUGGCGCUUGGAAAAGCAGGAGAUACUGGGUUCCAAACCAUACAUGCGUUAUAUCUCGUUGAGCAGACGCUCUCUGCGUUUGCAGGACGCGGGUGCAACUUCGAGAUCGUAUUCUGGGACGACAACGCUCCCGUGACGAUCAGCAGCAGUGAAGGUGACUUCGUAACGACCUCGAGACGCCUUGCGCGGCGCAUCAUCAAGCACCAUUGCGAAGAUCGAUUAUCCAUCCCAGUCAGUACCUUUGCCAACACGGACGACGAGGCAUGGACCGAAUACGAACAUCAGAAAAAGCCAAUGUUCGUACUACUCAACGACGGGUCCAGCUUCAGCGACAAAGGGACUUUGGCCGCUGAUCGGAUGCUGGUACAACGGAAUAUGGUCCUUACGCUGCAACAUUGCGGAAUUCCGGUAGUCCUGCUCAAUGGAAUCGAGUUCAAGGACUCAAAGAUAAUGUCCUUCGUCUUCGAGCAACGUCGCGUUCGCCAAUUGCCGAAGAAGCUUCCCGGUGCUGUCGCUAGAUGUCAUCAGCGUCUUGCAGAAGAGACUGGGCUACCUCGCACUGGCGGCCAAGGCUCUAUCGUCGACUUUAUCACGAUCGUCCUGAAGAAGGGCAGGAUCACUCCUUUCGUGGCUGAACUGCUCUAUGUAUUUGUCGCGCACCUCAUCAUCCUCCCAUCGCUGUCGGUUUCUGAUCGCGCUCAACUCCCUUCUCUCCUGCAUCCCAAGCUUGAAGCCGCCUUGUUGAACGACUUCCUCCCUUGCGUGUACGAAGCGGCUGCUGGCCUGGCUUGCAUCGAUGACGUCGACGGACGGGUGUAUACUGCGCUCCUGAGCGCCAUUGUCAAUGAUGGCCAUCAAACAGCACUCGCGAACGUUAUCGGUUCUCCUGAAGCCGCUCGCAUUCAAGCCCUCUGGCAGCAGGCCAACGGACCACGCAUCGAUAUGUCGUCCUUCGCUCGACGCUUUUCGUGUCUCGACAAAUCGACGACAAGCACGAGCGCGUGUUCUACCGAUGACGGCUCAUACGCCCUGUUACCAUUUCACGAGCCGACAUUCGACGAGCACUUGUCCGACAUCCGCGUUCCUACUGCGGACGAGACCGAAACCUCCGUCGUCCCAACCAAGUAUGCACGCGGCGUCAUCUUCGCAGACGUGCACCACUGGCACAACAACCGCUCCAUCCUUCCUUCGCAUCUGGGCGGCAAGCCGGCUGUAAAGAGGCAGCUCACGCCGUGGCAACGCAAGAAGGAACUGCGCGCUGAGCAGCGCUUCACGCACAACCUUCAGCUGCAGGCCGCGACCCUCAUGGGCACCAUCGGCCUCAAGCAGCUUGUCAUCCCGCCGGCCGGCAACGGUGCGGAGUCCAGACGUGCGGUGGUGAAGGGGAAGGCGCCAGCGAGUCAAAGUGGAGCUGGAGGGAAGGGCACGAAGAAGAGCAGCGGGAAGGGAAAGACGCCGAAGCUGUCCAAGAAGGAGCAGCUUCUCCUCGAUAUCCAGGCGCAGAAGGACGUCGGCGCGCGCAAGGCGUCGAUCAAGAGCUGGAAGGGUCAUCUCGCGGCGAUGGAGGCGAUGUCGACGGACGGCAAGGUCGCCUACCUCGAGCAGCUCAACCGGAACAAGGUGGAGGAGGCGUGGCAGGGCUCCGAGCUCCGUGCGAUGCGCCUCGACCUCCUUCUUCGCUCGUGGAUCAACGAUCCUCAGCGCGACGCUCCUUCCGUUCAAGACAAGUACACUGUCAAGGCCAUGCGCCUCAUCGUCGACAUCUGCGCUCGCAAGGUGCUCACAAAAGCGAUCGCGGAGAAGGCCAAGGUCGUCUUAUCCGUCCUCGGUUUUGGCGAGUACGCGGACGUCUUGUUGCCAGACGAGGGUCAGCUCGAGGACACGAAGAUGACGUUCAAGUUUGUCGACCUGCUGGAGGGGAAGGGAAAACGGCCGGCGUUCCCGUGGAUGCACAUAAAGGAGGACCCAGUCGAGUGGCAGCUACGCCUCUGGGGCGAGUAUAUGGAUCGCAGCAUCGACGCGACCAAUGAUCCACGUGUUGGUUUUCGUCCUGAUGCUUGGCAGCGGCGCGUCCUGGACGCUAUCGACCGCAACUCGUCCUUACUUGUCAUUGCGCCCACGAGCUCCGGAAAGACUUUCAUCUCGUACUACGCGAUGGAGCAGGUCCUUCGCGAGUCGGACAAGGGCAUCCUCGUGUACAUCGCGCCGACGAAGGCGCUUGUGGCGCAGAUCGCUGCCGAGGUCUACGGGCGGUUCAAGAAGACGCUGCCAUCGGGCUCUCUCUGGGCAAUGCAGACGCGAGACUACCGUAUCCAAGACCCGCAGAACUGCCAGAUCUUGAUAACCGUGCCGGAGAUGCUCGCGAUCAUGCUGCUCAGCCCGCCUCUUGCCAAGUCGUGGACGCCGAGGAUCAAGAGGAUAAUCCUUGACGAAAUUCACUCGAUUGGCCAGCAGGAAGGUGGCGCUGUAUGGGAGCAAAUCCUCCUUCUAGCACCCUGCCCAGUCAUCGGACUGUCGGCUACCAUCGGAAGCCCGAGAAAGUUCAACGACUGGCUGGCGAGUGUACAGCGCGCUCAUGGGUACGAGCACGAGCUCGUCGAACAUCCGCAUCGCUACUCGCACCUGCGCAAGUACCAAUACGUCCUCGCCAAAAAGCCGCCCAAGUUUCAGGGUCUUGCCACUUACGAACCUUCGGAACGCAUCCAGUUCCUUCAUCCUGCGUCUAUGCUGGUCAACGGGCCGCGCGCUAUGCCACCCGAUCUUGCUUUCGAGGCCUCAGACACGCUGUCACUGUACACAGUGCUCGCCAAGCGUGCCGCUGAUAUCGACGUCGACAUAAACGACCUCAAGCCGUCGACAUUCUUCAAGUCCGUUAAGGCUUUGCUGACGCAGAAGGAAGUUUUGGAGUACGAGGCGGCACUUAAGCAGCUAUUGGCGCACCUCAUCGAGACGUCGCAGCAGGGCGACCCGGACUCCUCGCUAGCCCUCGUGUCCUCUGAUCUGAAGCCGCCUCCGAUCGUAUGCAACACCGUCGACUCUGCGUUUGCGCCAAAUGCGGACGAAUUUGUGCAGAACCUGAUUCAUCUCGUGUCAGACCUCCACGCAACGGGUAGCCUUCCUGCCAUCAUCUUCAACUUCGACCGCAGGUACUGCGAGAUCAUAGCGCAGAGGCUCGUCUCCGAGUUGGAGCGUGCUGAGAAAGCAUGGCGUCGCUCGUCGCCAGUCUGGACGAACCGUAUCGAGCAAUGGGAGAAGUGGAAAGCCAAGGCGAAAGACCGGCAGCGGCAGGAGACACGCGCGAAGCGCAACGCAGGCAACGAGGAUGAGGGACCGGAGCAGCCGUCGGACACACAUUCCUGGCAGAAGUCCUUCGAUCCGAAUGCGCCCUCGGAGGGCUUCACGUUCGCCGACGUGUAUGCGUACUCGAAGGCGGACCUGGACGAAGAUCUUCGUCAACUCGGAUGGCGUGCACCCGGUAUACUGAACAGAUUGCCGUGGGCUUUCGAUGCGCUGUAUCGCGGCAUAGCUGUACACCACGCGGGUAUGAACAAGCAUUACAGAACGCUGAUCGAACGCCUCUUCCGCAUUGGCUACAUACGAGUCAUGAUCUGCACCGGUACUUUGGCUCUGGGUAUUAACGCGCCAGCGAAGACGGCGGUCUUCGCUGGUGACAGUCCCUUCCUCACGGCCUUGAUGUACCGCCAGUGUGCAGGCCGCGCUGGACGGCGUGGAUACGAUCUCUUCGGCAACGUCGUCUUCUACGGUCUACCAGAAGAGCGCAUCCAGCGUCUCGUCCUUUCCAAGCUCCCCUCUCUCGGCGGCACCUUCCCCAUGACCUCAACCAUGUGCCUGCGCCUCGUCAACCUCCUCCAUGGAUCCGGGAAUGCUCAAGUCGCCGUCGACGCCGUUCGCAGCUUGAUGUCCCUGCCUCAUGUCACUUUCACUGCAAGCGCCGGUCGACACCAGCUUCUUCAUCAUGUGCGAUUUAGCUUCGAGUACCUACGGCAAGCCGGGCUCUUGGACGCUGAGGGGCAGCCCAUGAAUCUAUACGGGGUCGCGGCGCAUCUCUAUUACACGGAACCGAGCAAUUUUGCCCUCGUCGCACUCCUUCGGCAAGGGAUAUUGCACGACAUCGCGGCGCACAAGAGCUUCGAGGAUGCCAAGCGCGAGUUCAUCAUCCUGAUGUGCCACCUAUUCGACCGUCGCUACCUCUCACGCGUAUACACCCAGAAGCCGCACCUUCAAGCGCUACUCAGGAAGUACCCGUCGCGCGUACUGCUCCCGCCACUACGUUCCGACGCAGUUCGCGCCCUACGAGAGCACGACGAGGAGAUCCUCCGCGUCUUCAAAGGCUACGCAGUCACGUAUGCGCAAUCAAGGGAUGCCGAACUGCCGAAGGACGUCUGCCUACCGCUCAGUCACACGCCAUACGUCGGAAGCAGCGAAAGUUCUCCCUUCAAGGAGUCCUUGCAGCGAACGGCAGUGCCACGCAGCGUUCGCUCCUCAUUCAUCGCGACAUCAGGACACGGCGACGAGUUUGCCAGCGUUAGCGAGCUCUGCCGCACCGCACGCGCCGGAGUCGAGCUGCAUGAGCACAGCAUCCCCUCGAUGGAACGCUUCAUCCGCUAUGCAAAUCCUGACGAGACGGACGGCGUCCAGCACGUCCUCAACGCCUACAUCUACGACUUUUACACGCAUGGCCAACCAACUUCUCUCGCGCAGGCGAACGGCAUCAAGUACGGCGACAUUUGGUACCUGCUGGAGGACUUCAACCUUGUCCUGCUCACUCUCAAGACGGCGCUGCAGCAGCUCCUGAGUCGUACACGGAGCGAAGACGCUGAGCUCGUCGUUGGUGUGGACCUUGAUGAGGAGCAGGUGGUUGGCGAUGCGGACGUCGAGGACGAUGUGAAGGAGGAUGAGGACAUCACGGAUGAGAAGGAACCUGCGGCAGAAGGCGAGGAGUUCUCGAGACCGAAGGGUGUGCCGGACUUUGACUGGAAUGUGUAUCGCAUGGUGUCUCGUGCUCACGAAGACUUUUAUGCCAAGUUCAAGGCGAUGUGGGCGUAACUCAUUGUCGUAUUUACUGUCGUGUUUUGUUCGGUCCUUGGAUCCAAUCAAUUGCCUUAUGAGAUGUA